ACACUCAUUAGCAUCUCCGAUAUGUGUAGCAACAUCUCUGAGACACUUUUAUAUUCGUGAGAGAAUUUCAUCAGUGAUCGACGAUUGAGAUUUGAGAGGGACUAUUUCAGAGCAGGAAACACAACCGGCGACAAUGAGAGGGACCUCUAGAUGAUCUCUGAAAGGUCACUUGUAGACUUUAUAUUCCAGCUCCGAAGGAUGGAGACGAACGACAAACCCUUUAAUUGAUCAGUUCAUGUGUAAAUCUCCCGUUACUCAAGUCAUGGAACCGCAUAAGACAGACUUUCUAUAAUAAGUGCAUGAUAUUGUUCACGCGUUAUGGAGAGUUCGCAAUGCGCUCCUGUGAGGAGCUUUAGCACCAUGGAUUCAGGAGGGCUUUCAACCAGUUUCAUGGGUCGUUUAUUAAACUUGGUCAGUAAACGACUGCAGUUUCUUAAGACAUUUUGAAGAGGGUUUUCCUCUUCUUAUCUUUAAUUUCUCGCACUAUCCGGAGCAGAUCUCGUCGGCUCUUAUGGGAAUGAAACACUCCUCUCGAUGUUUGCUCCUCAGGAGAAAAAUGACUGAUACAGAGAACACUGAGCAAGAGCCUCUGAGUGCAGCCCCAUCCCAGUCCGUCCAGCCGUCCCCCCUGCCCAAACCAGUGUCAUCGGUCCAUUAUACACAGCGGCCCACACACUCAUCACACACGCCUCACUCAGCCACCUUACCCAGCUGCCCUGGCAGAGGAAAGAUGUCCAAGUUCCUCAACCCAGACGAGAUGACCUCCAAGGAUUACUACUUUGACUCCUACGCACACUUCGGCAUUCAUGAGGAGAUGUUAAAGGAUGAAGUGCGGACAUUGACAUACAGGAACUCCAUGUACCACAACAAACACAUCUUCAAAGACAAGAUCGUGCUGGAUGUGGGCAGUGGAACUGGCAUCCUCUCUAUGUUUGCUGCCAAGGCCGGAGCCAAGCACGUGUACGGGAUCGAAUGCUCCAGCAUAUCAGAAUACUCAGAGAAAAUCAUCAAGGCCAAUCAUCUGGACAGUGUUAUUACCAUCUUUAAGGGGAAAGUGGAGGAGACGGAGCUGCCAGUAGAUCAGGUGGACAUCAUCAUCUCUGAGUGGAUGGGCUACUGUCUUUUCUAUGAGUCCAUGCUCAACACUGUCAUCUACGCCAGAGAUAAGUGGCUGAAACCUGGAGGUCUGAUGUUCCCAGACCGAGCUGCCCUUUAUGUGGUGGCGAUUGAAGACCGACAGUACAAGGACUUCAAGAUUCACUGGUGGGAGAACGUUUAUGGCUUUGACAUGACGUGUAUCCGGAACGUUGCUAUGAAAGAACCACUGGUGGAUAUUGUGGACCCAAAACAAGUGGUGUCCAACACCUGCCUGAUCAAGGAAGUGGAUAUCUACACAGUGAAGCCAGAGGAACUGUCCUUCACCUCCUCAUUCUGCUUACAGAUCCAGAGGAAUGACUAUGUCCAUGCUUUGGUCACCUACUUCAACAUUGAGUUCACCAAGUGUCAUAAAAAGACCGGCUUCUCCACAGCUCCAGAUGCUCCGUUCACACACUGGAAGCAGACCGUGUUUUAUCUGGAGGAGUAUCUGACUGUGAAGAGAGGAGAAGAGAUCGUGGGCACCGUCUCCAUGAAGCCCAAUGAGAAGAACACACGUGAUCUGGAUUUUACCUUUGAGCUGGAUUUUAAAGGUCAGCUGUGCGAGACGGCCAUCGCUCAUGACUAUAAGAUGCGUUAA